UUCGGGUCUCUCAGAAGAGACACGCAGGCGCUCGGAAACGCUACUGGAGAAAGAGAAAAGCGCUACCGGAGUAACUGUGCGUGAGCGCCCCGGGGCGGGUCCCGGCGGGAACACUCUCCCAGGCUGGCUGGAGCGCGGGGAGGGGCCCGGCGGGGCUGUCACUUCUCACGGGGUGUGUGACCCGCUCGGGUGCCAGUUGGAGAGGCUCCUUCACUUUGGCGAUUGCUCCACAGCCAUGUCCGAGAUCUGGGUUCUCUGGCCACUGAUAUUUACCUCCAUUGCUGGACCAUUGUCUAAAGGUGAUAAUGCUCAUGUGGCUGAUAGCAACUCUGAGAUGCUGAAAUUGAGUAAGAAUAUUACUAAAAGGGAGAGCUGCGAUGAAGGCCUGUAUCGUGAGCACGGAUUUUGUUGUCAGCCGUGUCCUCCUGGCAAACGGAAAAAUGAUGGUUGCAAAAUUGAUGGAGGUGAACCAGAAUGUGUGCUCUGUGCAGAGGGGGAGGAGUACACAGACAAGAACCAUCAUUCUUAUAACUGCAGAAGAUGUAGAGUUUGUGAUGGAGAACAUGGCCUAGAAGUGGAAAAAAACUGUACCCGGACCCAGAAUACCAAGUGCAGAUGUAAACCAAACUUUUUUUGUAACGUAUCUCUGUGCGAACACUGUAACCCUUGUACCACGUGUGAACAUGGAAUCAUUGAGAAAUGCACACCAACCAGCAACACCAAAUGCAGAGAAGCGUUCCAAUCUACAGGAUCCAGAUCUAACUUACACAGUUUAUGGGCCCUCCUGAUCCUCAUUCCAAUAUCUGCACUAAUAUACAGGGAGGUGAAAAGACGGCGCAGGAAUAGAAAGAAUGGUCACCAGAAAUCUAUAGCCUCAAAUACUGAAAUGAUGCCAGUGAAUCUCACAGACAUUGACUUGGUAAAACAUAUCAUUAGUAUUGCUGAACAAAUGAAAAUAACUGAAGUUAAAGAAUUUGUUCGGAAGAAUGGUAUGGAGGAAACUAAAAUAGAUGAGAUCAAGCACGACAAUCCCCAAGAUACAGCUGAACAGAAGGUCCAACUUCUCCGUAACUGGUAUCAAAGUCAUGGGAAGAAAGAUGCAUAUUGCACUUUGAUUAAAAGUCUCAGAAAAGCCAAACUUCAUGCUCUUGCAGAGAAAAUUCAAGAUAUAGUCCAGAAGGACAUUACUAGUGAACAUGAAAAUGCAAACUUGCAAAAUGAAAAUGAAAGCUUGGCUUAAAGUGAAAAACAACUAACUCAGUUCUGAGAAUAUACUAAAGAAAGAUUAAUGUUCGAAUAAGUUCUGGGUAGCUGCAAGCUGUAAAUAUUGCUUGGCUUUUUUUUUUACUGGGUGUGUUUUCUUUUUUCAUUUAUUAGACUUGUAGAGCUAAUAUAUUUACAGGCUUUGAGCAUCUCAUGAUUCUGCCUUCAAGGAUGUUUAAAAUCUAGUUGGGAAGAUGGACACAGUUAAGAGUAAAUACAGUGGCAUGUAAAGUGCGCAAAAAAAGAACGUAUGCAGAGGACAAAAGAUUUCAGAUCAUGUUCAAGUAUCUAACAUAUGAUUCUGUAAGUAUGAAUGUAAUUAACAUAUGUAAAUACAAAUGCCUAUCCACAGGCUGACCUCAUUCCAUAAAUCAGUAGAUGUGAUCUUUUGUUGUCAUGUCACAAUCAACUGCCCCUGAAUUACCUCCCCAGCUCCACUGAUAAUUCUAGAGAUUUUACCAUAUUUGUAAAUUUUGUUUACAGCUUUGAGAGGAGCAUACUCAGGGAAAGCUUGCACAUACCACUGAAUGUAGAAUUUAAUAAGGUUCUACCUCAAAGGUCUUUGCACAGCUUAUUGGCAUUUCAUGGGGAAAUAUUUCAGUUUUGAAUUCACAUAGAAAAUGCAGACUCAGUUAUAAUGCUUGGCUAUUUUAUAUUUGUUUGUCACUUUGGAUCAAAAUAAUCCACUUCUUUCUCAGGUGUCGAAACAUUUUGAUCAGGAAAGAAUUACUAGAUCAUUGGCACCUCUCCAUUUUCUUCUUGAUGUGCGUCUUGGUGGCCUGUGCACCCCCAGACUUGGAAGGACUGCCUAAGAAACACUUAACUGAUUCACGCAAAGCUGGGACUGCUCUUGGAAACACCUAGUUUAGUUUGGAGAGACUAACUGCUCUUACGGAAGGUAGCUUUGUGGCAUAGCAUGAACCCAUGUCUGCCACCAAAGCUGAUAAGAUAGAUUCUUAUUUUGCUCCAUCCGCCACAAAAUGUUCAGUAACUCCCCAUGUGUUCUCUCUUGAUGCAAAGGCAGCUUAUACAUAGCAAAAGUGAAAUCAUAUCAGGUUUCAGGAAUUGCUCUUGUUAUUUCCUGUAGCUUCUUAGACAAAUAAGCCCCUCUCCCCACUACCACUUCCUUACUUUUACAUUUAAACACUUUCAAAAGUUUAUACUAAAUGUGAAUGUUAAUAAAUACUAUUAAUAUUUAUAUAGUUGUAAGCUGAAGACAGUUAUAAGCUGAAACAGAUACUCAGUACUACCUAAAGAGUUUCCAUUGAUGGAAGGUGUUUUCCUCUUAUGUUUGGAAAUAGAAAACAUAGGUAAAACUAUUUAAUUAAAAUCAUGUUUUUGGUAUCUCUGGUUAUCUCUUUUUUUGGUGGGGCCUUUUUGUUUUUGUUUUCUUUUUUCUAUCUAUUGCUAAAUGUAACCUGUUUAUAAAUCUUUCAUCCUUCCUUUGGUCUCUUAGGAGGUAUUUCCUUUUUAAAGCCCCUUAGUAGUUAAAUAAUUUCCUCCAUAGGCUGUUACUCUCAAAAAUACCCCUCUCCUAAACAACACAUAAUUGGUUAUUAUGUGAGGAUUUACUAUAACAGGAUUAUAUAUCAGGCACUGAACGUGUGGUUAAGAAAGUAAAUAUUUCAAAGGGUUGGUUUUACUGGUAAGAAAGCUAAAUGGGGAUUUUGAAAUAAUCCUUCCUGCAUACUUUCCAUUUCUGGCUACGUAGUGACCACUGGACUAUCUCUCUUUUUUAAAACUUAAUUUUAAUAAUAUAUUUUGCUUAACCCAUCAUUUCCAAAUAUUAUCAUUUCAACAUGUAAGCAGUAUAAAAACUAUUAAUUAUAUAAUUUACAUUUUUUUUCAUAGUAAAGCCCACAAAAUCUGGUUUGUAUUUUAUUUAUACUUACAAGCACAUCUCAGUUUGGACUGGUUACGGCAUUGAUAGUUCAGGUCUAUAUCUUUGUUAGGGCAGAUCUGGCAACCUUAACUCUAAUGGCUGGUUCAGCCCUACUACUAAAGUCCAGUACUCUCUGCAUCUUUUCAGUGGGAUCUCUUCACUCUGGUUGGUUGGAGUGUCAGCAGUCUCCUACCCUUAUGUCAGCUUUGGGAAUUGUUCUGCUUACAGCACCCGUAGCUGUCCUUUGCUGGCUCUUGGAGUCUUAUCUCUGCAUGUGCACAUAGUAUCAGCCAAAGACUCCAGAGAAUCCCUGUACCGAUUUCUGGAACUCUUUUUCUAUGUAGCUUCCUUCUUUUCAGUAUUCUGUUCCAAAAAGCCUGGCAGUCUCAGCCUCCUAAACUUAACCUUCUGCCCCUCAACUUGACA